AUGUCGACCCAGUUCUCAGUGCAAGACAAGGAGGAUCUCACGGAGAUCUUUCGCAUCUAUGACUCUUCUAAGGUCGACAAGGUGGAUGACACGUUAGCGCUGUCCGAAAAGGCUGGUCAGACCCCCGCUGAGCUGUUUGACGAUCUUUACAAACUCUUCGGAAUCCAGAAGCUGCCUCAGCGGGAUACCGUGGCAAAGCGACUCCUCGCAGCCGUCUCCAACGCCACCGCCGACGAUAUUGAGAGCGCUAUUCGGCAAAGUGAGAUGAAAGGUUUCACCGAGCGCGACGCCUUACGCUUGCUGGAGCGGAAGUACGACGUACAGCAUGUCAAUACGCGUGUUUUCUCAGCAUCCCGCAACAGCCAAUCAAGCGCACAGCACAGCACUCUCGAAGACGAAUCGGAGGUGGCGCGUGCGUCCAGAUCGCUGCGCCACAUCAAUGUGAAUGAGUUCAGCAUGGCGAGCAGAACACGUCUGGAGGCCAGCGGUGAUGUGGCAGAAGUGGCGCCUGAACCAUCCCUUGUGUCUGACCAGCCGCUCAGUAAGCUGAGUGCGGCGCCGAGGCGUGAGGACCUGGAUGAGAUCCUGGCGGAGGAGAUGCGUGAGUGGCUUGCGAAGGUGGUGGGGGAGAAGUACAAUGCAGAUGUUCUGUCAAUGCCGAACUUCAUCGAUGCCCUGCGCUCUGGUAUCCUGCUACACGUGCUGCUGCAGAAGAUGGAAAAUCCUCCCAUUGCUGAUGAGGACCUGAAGCUGCCCAAGCGCACUACCGGGUUUUUCAUUCGCGACAACGUGGCCACCUUCCUCACGGAAGCGAAGAGGCGCUACGAGCUCGUCGACGCGCAACUCUUCACCGCCUCGGACCUGGUGGACGGCAAGAACGACCGGCAGGUCGUAACAUGCUUGAUGUCAAUGGCGCGUAUCGCUUACAGCGCUGGCACCAUCAAGAUUGCGCCAAACAUCAUCGUGUAUGAGCACGAGAUUGAGCAACAGCAGAGCCGUCUUACCCGGAUCGAUCUGGACCGCAUCGUGCAGGAGGCAGAAGCUGAUGAAGAGACUCCUGCCAUUACCACGCGCCCCAAUGACACAGCGGAAUGUCUGUCGAGCAACGUGGGCCCUGCAUCCGCCAUCACAUCGCUCAUCAUGCCUUCGCACGACGUAUCCGAGCACGUAGCUCCGUCUCCGAUUCAGGCAUCAUCGGGCGCGUCAGAGAACGUGUUGAUGCAGGACGGGCUUGCCUCUACUGAGGUGGCAGUCGACGGAUUCAUGCGGUGCUCUACCCCCCAAAGAACAGCGGUGACUGCCAACGAUGAGCCACGCGAGGACAGCGGUGAGGGCACGGCUGCGGCGGCAUCACCGUCAACGCCGCCUUUGCGAAAAUCACCGCUGAGUGAGUCGCUACCACCAGCGAGUGAGCGCACGUUGAGCACCCCAAUCAUCGAACACGCCGCAGAGUCAAGGGCGAUGUCGGCGACGACAGAUGUCGGAGAGCAAUCCUUGUCGAGAAACGGGUCAGUGGGGCAGCCUUCACGGGCCAUAGCACAGUUAACCCCCACCCGAAGCGGAGAGGCGCUGGCAGACGCGGCGCAAUGCACCGCCGCUGCACCCCCGGCAGAGACGACAGCCGAAGAGACUGAGGCACAGGGCACAGACGUUUCCGGUGUAGCGCCAUUGGAGAAAAUUGGGGCUGGUGAGGAGGUCAUUAAUGGUAGUGACCGUGUCAUGUACCUACGCGACGGCGGCGGGCGUGUCUUUUACCUGCGCGACGGUGUGCUCCACCCAGCGAAGUCGAGUGCGAUGGAGGAAAAGGUCGUUUCCGAGCGUCGCACGAAGGCAGGCCCGCGCGUCGUCUGGAAGGAGCCCAUCUCACCCUUGGCGACCACAAGGCCGCCGCGAUACCACAGUCGGCACUGGGACGGAAUCGAUGUCGCCCUGGGUCGUCAUUUGAAUGAGCACUACGAGAAGCACCACCGAUCGCCUUGGCGCUUUCGCAGUGUCGCCUCCACGUCCGGCGAGUACGUGCUGUACAACCGCCUUAAUGGCAGCAGGCGUGUUGUGUUUCUGCGUAUUAUUCAAAGAAAACUGUUUCUGCGCAACACCGGCAAGCACCAGCCAUGGAUUGAGAUUGGGGAUGCUUUGGGGGAACUAGAGAAGCUGGAAGCGUAG